AAUAAAAGAAUCCUAUAUCACCGGUCUCCAUCCUCUUGCCGCGUGUAGACUCUCUCUCUCUCUCUGCCGAGUGGGAGGAUCUCGGAACUGAGUCGUUGUCGGGUCAGCCGUUAGUUAACGACGUUACCUAACUCCGUUAGCACGCGCCACACUCGUCCCUCGCGUCCUCUCUCUCCGUUCACACAUGUCCGCGGUGCAGAAUCAUCUUCCCUCCUUAUAUAUAUAUAUCUUCUCUUGUUUCGAUAUAUUCCUUGAGAAUCACUUCUCUUCACCUUCGACCCCAAAUCCAGAUACUAUUUAAACAAAAAAACAGAGCAAAGUUCCGACCUUUUUCAAAACUUUGGUGAGAGGCGUUCGUAAAGUUCCGAGCUUUGAUGCGAAGAACAGACAAUUCGUUUGGUUGCAGAACACCCAGAGAAUAUAAAACAGAUAAUUUCGAAAGCUUUUUCAAAGCUGAUGGUGUCGUGGGUUCGGAUCUUUCUUGCCAAAUCUCUCGUGGCAUCGAUGGCACUCCGAUAGCAUAUACAUACGAGAUAAUCUUUCAUGACACUGUACCGUUCUUGUGAUUUGUCCCAAGGUUCUCCGCUGGUACAGGUAGUUGAAUGUGCUCGGGAUCUCAAAGACGUUUUACUCGAACUCGAGAUUCUCCUCAUGAGCUCCGAAGAGGAAGACGGAGGGAAUGCUAAGCCGAGGUCUCAGGCAUGGAUAGAGGGAAAUGGGAAUUUUCCGAGUAAUCUCAGGCAACUCCUGAUAGAAUGUGCCCGAGCUUUAUCCGAGGAUAGAAUCAACCAUUUCGACAUCUUGAUCGAGAGGGCGAGAUGGAUGGUUUCCAUCACUGGGGAGCCGAUCCAACGGCUUGGAGCUUACUUGGUGGAAGCCCUGGUGGCGAGGAAAUCAAGAUCGGGAUCGAGCAUAUACGAAUCCCUCCGAUUCAAAGUCCCAAAAGGCAUAGACUUGCUCUCGUACAUGCAGAUUCUCUACGAGAUUUGCCCGUAUCUGAAGUUCGGGUACAUGGCAGUGAACGGAGCAAUCGCUGAUGCCUGCAGAAAUGAAGAACGCAUUCAUAUCAUCGACUUCCAGAUCGGUCAGGGAACACAAUGGAUCACGCUCUUACGAGCAUUAGCCGCCCGACCGAGCGGCCCGCCUCGUGUCAGAAUCACGGGCAUCGACGAUCCACUCUCGAGGUAUACCCGAGGGGGAGAAGGGUUGAAGACCGUGGAACGAGGCCUCGCCGUUCUCUCCCGAAGAUUCAACAUCCCCAUCGAGUUCCACGCCAUCCCGAACCAGUCAGUCCUGAACAUAACGGUCGAAACGCUCGGCCUUAGACCGGACGAAGCCCUGGCCGUGAACUUCCCUCUCCACCUUCAUCGCACGCCGGACGAGAGUGUGGACGUGAACAACCCUCGAGACGGGCUGCUCCGGACGGUGAAAUCCCUCAACCCGAAGAUCACGACGGUCAUCGAGCAGGAAUCGAACACGAACACGACCCCGUUCCUGACGAGAUUCGCGGAGACGAUGGAUUACUACUCGGCGAUGUUCGAGUCAAUCGACGGGAUUCUGGCGAGGGAGGGGAAGGAGAGGGUGAACGUGGAGGAACACUGCCUGGCGAAGGACAUAGUGAACGUGAUCGCGUGCGAAGGGAGGGAGAGAGUGGAGAGGCACGAGCUCCUUGGGAAAUGGAGGUUGAGGAUGACAAUGGCGGGUUUCUCGAGUUACCCUUUGAGCCCAUUCGUGAACUCUGUGAUAAGAUCUCUGUUGAGUUCUUACUCGGCGAAUCACACAUUGAUGGAGGAAGAUGGAGCCUUGCUUUUGGGUUGGAAGCAGAGAUAUCUCAUCUCCGCCUCCGCUUGGCGUUGAAAUUUAUUUCUCUUUUUUUCUUAAUUAAUUGUAGAUUAUGUUAAAUUAUUUAAAUUUGUCUUGUGUGUAGUAUUGUUAUUUGGCAACAUUAAUUAUUUCCUUUUGUAAUAAAAUCAUCAAUUCAAUCAAGAAAGUAAAUAUUAC